AUGAAGCCGACAGAAACGUACUUGAGUGACCAGGGCAACAUAUUCGCCGACCUCCCAGUUUCCCCCUCUCCAUCGCUGGUCUGUGGCAUGCGAUCUCGCCUUCCAAUUCCCUCUUUCCCCCACCCCCUUCCCUCCUCUCUCUCUCACACACACACAAACAACCGAACAGAUUCAGUUGGCAGACAGUCUUCCUGUCGGCCGACACCGACGUCGAGGCACGUUUCUGGUGUACAGCUUUCAAUACGCCUAUCGGUCUGCAGAACUGCCUCACCCUCACGACCUACCAAUCACGCGGACCUGCGAACAUGCACACGCACCAGCAUCUGCCAUGCCAACAGACGCCUUCAAGGCAAUCCUCUUCGGUGCUAG